UUCCAAGUACUCGGUUUUGACUUAGUUUUUUGCUUUGCCUUUAAGUAAAUCUUUUGAACAUGUUAACCUUCAACACAUCUAAGUCGUACCAAUAAGUAGUUAGAGUUAAUGGGGUAAAACCGGUUCUGCAACUUUUGUCUUGUAUUCAAGUUGUUAGCAUGUACUUUAAUUUUACCACAAAAUUUUUAUUUAUGUUCUUCACUAGUCUCCUCUUGGCCUGACAGGGACACCAUCUCCUAAAAAAUCUUUUAUCUUUGAUUCUUGCAUCUCCUCUUUAUUUCUAUGCUCAAUAUAUUAUGAUUAUUAUGAAUAGAGCUAGCUAGCUGCAUUUCCCCCAGGAUCAAUGGCUUGGUUUUUAAACAGUGUAGAGGCCUUCAUAUAUAUACAUGAAACUUGGGAGUUGAUUGUGACCACUGCUUAUACUCACCAAUGAAUCCACUGCUGAAAUUUCGAUGGGCUUUGUGCAACUUAGUACGGAUUGGAUUCUUAACUUCUCUGCAUUAUUAUUAACCUAUCUCUUCAGAGUGUAGUACAGUUGCAAGAUAAGGCUCAACAUACCCCAAAUUCCAGGACCUCAAAGAAAUUAAGGUCCAUUCAUUAUGUCAAACUCCAUCACCAAUCAAAACCAAUUUGAGGGGCAAGAGUUAGAUGCUGCUUAUGGUUCUUGUUUGAGAAACAACCCUGCAUUCACUACUGAGUCCAUAGGAGGAGUGUAUCCCAUUAUGGAACCUCACCAUCAUGCACUAGCUUCAGGCUCUGAGAUGAGUCACACAAGGCAUUUGAUGGAUCUUCUUGGAGCAGCUGCUAAUGAGAGCAAUCAUCAUCAUCAUAAUCAUCACCAACGACAACCUCAAGGGCUCUCUCUUUCCUUAGGGUCUCACAUGAUUGUUCCUUCUCAUGAUGAAUACAGUAGGCAUAAUAGUAGAUCCUUCAUUCAUGGUUUCAUGAACCCCAAUAAUUACUUCAUCCCUGCCCAAGAUUCAAGGGCAGUGGAGAAUAAUCUAACCAGUGACUACUACUUCAACAGUGCCACCACCACCACUACUUUUGCUUCAUCUUCUGCCUCUUUUGGAAGUGAAUCUUUUGCUGCUCUCAUUGGGAACUCUAGGUACCUCAAACCAGUACAGUCCCUUCUUGAAGAUCUUGUUGAUGUUGGUGGAAACGUGGUUGAUAGAAUCAAUGACAAGUAUGUGGAGAAGUUGUUCCAUGGUGGCAGGAACAGUUCCCGAACACUCUCCUCACAGUUCAGGAACAACAUAAACACUGGUGUCUUGUCAGCUGAAAAACAAGAAAAUCAAAUCAAGAUUGCAAAGUUGAUUUCUUUGUUGGACGAGGUAGAAGGGAGGUAUGAGAAAUACUACCAUCAAAUGGAACAAGUGGUGGCAUCGUUUGAGAUGAUAGCAGGUGAAGGAGCAGCAAAAUGUUACACUGCAUUGGCACUACAAGCCAUGGCUAGGCACUUCUGCAACCUCAGAGAUGCAAUAAUGUCACAGAUAAAUUUGGAGAAAAAGAAACUGUUGCAAGAUUUGCCUAAACAACUCAACAAUGGGUUAUCUCAACUAAGCCUAUUUGAUAGAGACACAAGUAGACAAAGCAGAAUGUCUUCUCUCCAACAACUUGGGAUGAUCCAAAGUCAACGCAGCCAACAAGUUUGGAGACCCAUCAGAGGCUUACCUGAAACCUCUGUUGCAAUUCUACGUUCUUGGCUCUUUGAGCACUUUCUCCACCCUUAUCCUAAUGAUUCUGAGAAAUUAAUGUUAGCGUCCCAGACAGGUUUAACUAAAAACCAAGUGUCGAAUUGGUUCAUAAAUGCAAGGGUACGGCUAUGGAAACCAAUGAUAGAAGAAAUGUACGAACAAGAGUUUGGAGACUCUUCAGAAGACUCCAACCCACAACCUGAUUUCACCACCGAUGAUGCUACUCACUGCCACCACCACGAUUCAAAUUAAAAACGAAAAAGCAGAGAACAAUUACUCUUAUUAUUACUAUGUAACAUCACACAAUGAGUCAAUGAGAUUGAGAGCCAUUGUAAACAAUUUUUUUUUUGUUUUUUUACUGCUCCUCACCACCUGAUCCUUCAAGCAACUUUAUAGUUUAUAGUAGUCUUUUUGUUUAAUCAAGAAGUAACAAGUAAGUUUGUAUCGAAAGAUUAACAACCUGGUGUAAAGUGUGAUAAUAUCUAAAAUUUAUUAGAUAACUAAAAAUAUUAUUGCAAUGUCA